CAUUUUGAUGAAACGCUUAAGUUCUAUAAAAGUUCUGUUUACACCAUGUCAAUUCAUUUGCAGGCACACAUUGUGUCGCAUAUAGAGCGUGUGACAGGUGUCCUGCCAUGGAUUUUGUGUGGAAUCUGUGUGCUGCUCGGGUUCUUCUUGUUCCUCGUUCCAUGGUGUUUCUGUGGCUUACCAUUCUGCAUGGAUCAGUGUCUUGACGUGGUACACUCUUGCCCAGCCUGCAAACGCCACCUCGGGCGUUUCAAUCGGCUUUAA